AUGUGUCGUCGUAUAUCCGAUCUAAUGCCUGUUAUCAUUCGAGCAUCUCAAACAACUGUAUCAAUAUGUCAGAAAGUAUUUGCCGAUCAUCGUUGGAAUUGUUCAUCAAUACUUCGAGCACCACAAUACAAAUCUGAUCUUACCAAAGUUAAAAAGUUUUCACUCGUGUUCAUAAAUGCUAAAUUCAUAACUAUGCAUGCAAAGUUGCAGUCUAAUCAUCGUACCAAAGAACAAGCAUUCGUUUAUGCUCUCUCAUCUGCAGCACUCACACAUCAUGUCGCCAAAGCCUGUGUUUCUGGUGAUUUACCUUAUUGUCCCUGUGGUUUGAAUUCACCAACUGCAUCUGCUGAUGCCUCAUAUAAGUGGAAAGGAUGUAGUGAUAAUGUACUGUACGGACAAAAAGUAAGUCGUGAAUGGGCUGAUGCUUCGUGGCGCAAAAAAUGGCGCCCAGGUAACAAUGGAACCGCGUCGAGCAAGCGUCGUUAUCGAGAAUUACUCGAUGACUGGGCCUAUAUCAAUACAGAAUUCUCGGAGCAUAAAUCAAUCAUUGAUCUUCCACCACGUGCACGAAUGAAUGAACAUAAUAAUGAAGUUGGACGACAGGUAACACAAGAAAGUUUGUACCGAAAAUGCAAAUGUCAUGGUGUAUCGAGUAGUUGUAAUGUAAGGACAUGCUGGAAUACCUUACCGGAUGUUCAUGAUAUAGCAUUGAAAUUACGGGAACGUUAUAGUGAAGCAUUACUGUUAUCAGAAUUAUUAUCACAAUCUGGAUAUGCUGAUAAGACAAUGCAUGGUGAAUUAUCACGACAACAUUUGGUUUAUCUUCGGAAUUCACCCGAUUAUUGUGUAGAAGACAGUAGGACAGGUUCAUAUGGUACAAUGAUGAGAGAAUGUAAUCUGACGUCGUCGGAUACAAACAGUUGCAGUAGUUUGUGUUGUGGACGUGGGUACUACACUAAACAGACACUCGUUGAAGAACAGUGCCAAUGUAAGUAUGUCCAUUGCUGUUAUGUGAAAUGUAAAACAUGCAGAUAUCUAGUUGAUAAGCACUAUUGUAAAUAA